AUCUAUCAAGAGGUGAGGGAUUCACGCAAUUUUACGGGUAAAGUAGCCUUGGUCACCGGAUCCAACUCAGGCAUUGGCGAGCAAAUCGUCAAACUAUUCUCUGCAUUGGGAGCCAGUGUUGUGGUCACCGGUAGGAAUGCAUCUGAGAUCAAGAGAGUGGCUCAAGAAGCAUUGGAAGUGGUGGCAGACAUCACCAAAAGUGAUCAAUUGGAGCACCUGUUGAAUGAGACAAUCGAUACGUUUAAAAGGUUGGAUAUACUGGUGAACGACGCCGACAUCUUCAUGUUCGCCAACUUCACGGACACUAAGUUCUGGAACACAUUCGACGCCUUCGAGAGUGUAGGCGUCCGGUCGCCCCUACAGCUUAUACGACUGGCCGCUCCCCAUCUCAUUAAGUCUAAGGGCACUAUCAUUAAUAUAUCCAGUGUUUUAACACAGACUCCG